GCUGCUGUGGGAAGCUAAGUGCUAUUUUCUUUCAGAGAGGUGAUUUUCUCUCACUUGCUGUUUCAACCGUCCAUGGUCUCGAUUGAAAUGUCUGUCCUGUUGGCAUGAAAUGGACAAAACAUCUAAACAACAAUAGGUACAGUAUAAAGGAAAAGGGACAUCCCUGCUCUCCUACUUUCUUCAUGAGGGAUUCCUGCAUUGGUGUUUUGGCUGUGGCUGCUUCUGUAGGUGGAUACACCUGAACUCGCUUGAUCCAGAUGUCUCUCCUGAAGGACAGCCCGAUGACGUCCAAGUCAUCGCUUCCAUAGCGGAAGGCACAAGCAAGCACUCUGAAGAACCGCUGGAGACCACGCCAGUGAGGACGGAACUCUUCUGACAAGACACACGAGCCAGCAUACAAACAUCCAGAAUGAAAGUGAGACCCCCGGAGUAGCCCACAUCCAGCCAGACGCACUCCUAAUGGAAUCUGGGCCUGGAAGAAGCAAAGACAACUGCAGCCAUCAGCUGAACUUUUUGGAGGGUGUUCCUAUUCCCUUAUAUGGCAACAGAGCUGGGAAAUCAUUUGAAUUAGUCUGGUUUCUGUUGCAUGCCUGUCUGGUUUUAGUGCUGACUGAGCUCCAUCUGGUAUGUUUCUGUCUCUGCUGCGUGCAUGCGUGAGUGUGUGGGCACCUCUGUGUGGCUCGAUUUGUUUAUUUUGCCAUUCUUGGUUCUUCUUUUCCUGUUGUUUGCAUGUGGGGUUUUUGUUUUGGGACAGAAGGAGGGCUUGUGUUUGUGGUUAAGCUAGAGGCAGCGUCAUUGCCUCAGGGGUGGCUGAUUCAUUCAGACUGUGCAGCUCUCUCACCUCUUGCUAUUUUCCCUCUACCUCCAAUGCCCUGAUGUGAUGGUCUGUGUUUGUAAGAGCAACACACCCGUCUGAGUGCAGCAACUCGCAAUUUCAAAACUGAGGCCAAGUCUCCCUACAUGAGAACAUUUUCAGAACUGUGGACUGAAGCUUCUUUGGACUAACUGACAAUCAGCUGGAUGCUUGCUUCCUCUCUCUUCCCCGAACACAGCAGGAUGUGUGACCCAGGAAUCAGCAGGGACCCAGGAAGUGCUAGCUGAUACACACAAAGUGUUAGGUGGUCCGUCUGACACUUUGAUCAUGAAGAAAAGCAUCAUGGGAGAGUUCACUCACCGGCGCUGACACUUUCAGUGACAGAUUGCCAAGCAAGUAUGACACAGUAAAUCUGCUUUGAAUUAGUGUCAUGUAAAGUUCAUCACCCCAUGUGGAUUAUCUUUAUGAACAUAUCUUGCAACAUUGGUUGCCAUGGCUACCGCAGCAUGGUAUCAUCGUGACAUCAGUCGUGUGCAUGCAGAGGACUUGCUGGCACGGGCAGGGAGGGAUGGCAGCUACCUUGUGAGAGACAGUGAGUCUGUGCCAGGAGCCUAUGCAUUGUGCCUGCUGUUCCAACGUCAUGUUCACACUUAUCGGAUUCUUCCUGAUGCAGACGGUCUGCUUGCUGUUCAGACAACGCAGGGGGUGCAGGUGAACUGUUUCCGGACUCUGGAGGACCUAGUGUUGGGGUACCAGCAUCCACACAAGGGUCUGGUCACUCCCCUGCUCUAUGCUGUUCCCCGUGAUACAGAUACUGGUGAUGAGAGCUCAGAUGAUGAGAAGCCGCCUCCAGUUCCACUUUCAGUGAACACAGUGCCUUUCACAGGACCACCAGCGAAACCAGCUCCUCCUGCACCAAUCCUGGAUAAACUGCAGGAGCUGAACACAGCCAGUACUGCGGGUGAGGUGAUUGGUUUACUCAAUGACUACCUCUUCAGUGAGCUGCCUCUUGACAUUGAGAAUGUGCAGAAAGGAGCAACUACUCUAUGCCACCUCAAGCGUACUCUGGGUACUGCAUGCCAAGGCCUCAACAGUGAGAUCGACCUGACCCUCUCCAGUCUGGAAACCCUGGCUAAAGUCUUUGACCAUCCGAGUUGCUCUUUGCCACACAUCAAGGCACAGGGACCUGAGAUGGAGAUAGACAGCUUGCUGUGUAAGAUUUCAGCUUUGGUCAGCCUUCUUUCCUCACUAGAGAAAAAGGUAUUGAAAGCGUUACAAGAUGCAGUGACCAAUCACAACCUGGCAGUGCAGCCUAACCCACCCCCUCCUGAGCCAACACCCACCAAUGUUACACCUGUCAAGCACCAUGCCAGGCAGCUGCCAGUGCACUCCUUUCAGGUGAAGAUGGUCAGGUAUGGCAGACAGACUGUUUCUGUGGAUGUGGACACAGGAGUGCUGCUCUUUGACAGGAAGGCGGGUUCAUUUGGCAUAGAGAGGGUUUCACACGACAGAAUCCUUCAGAUUGUGAAGUUCCAGAGCAGUCCUGCAAAGGUCCGCAUGGUUGUAGACAGCCACCACAACACACCACGGGAGAUGAUGUUUGAGAGCGCACGGAAACGUGAUGCCUUCUGCCAACUCCUUCAGCUGAUGAAAACCAGGCACUCUCAGCUGAGUGAACCUGACAUGGUCUCUGUGUUUGUUGGCACCUGGAAUAUGGGUGGUUCCCCUCCACCUCGCAGCCUGCAGUCCUGGGUGACCUGCUGCGGUUUGGGGCACACCCCUGAUGAGUCGACUGCCUUGCUUCCUCAUGACAUUUACGCCUUGGGGACUCAGGAAAAUGCACAAGGGGAGAGAGAGUGGACAGAACAUGUGAAAGCAACCCUUCGCAGCUAUACUCACAUCGACUUCAAACAAGUGGCAGUACAGUCCCUCUGGAAUAUGAGGCUGGCUGUGUUUGUGAAGCCAGAGCACGGGAGUCGAAUCAGUCAUGUGAACACAGCCAGUGUGAAGACUGGCUUGGGAAACACAUUAGGUAACAAGGGGGCUGUCGGCAUCUCUUUCCUCUUAUGUGGAACAUCUUUUGGCUUUGUUAAUUGCCACCUGACAUCUGGAAGUGAGAAAGUCAUAAGGAGGAACCAGAAUUUUGUGGACAUCCUCAGGCUGCUCUCUCUCGGUGACAGACAGCUCAACGCCUUUGACAUCAGCCUGCGUUUCACGCAUCUGUUCUGGUGUGGAGACCUCAACUACAGACUCGAUUUGGAUGUACAGGACAUCCUGAAACAUGUCUCGAAGAGGGAGUUUGAGGAGCUCAUGUGUGCAGAUCAGCUGACCCGAGAGAGACACAAGAGGAAGGCCUUUCUCAAUUUCAAGGAAGAGAAGAUUGCAUUCCCGCCCACAUAUCGGUAUGAACGAGGCUCUCGAGACUGUUACCUUUGGCAGAAGUACAAAACUUCAGGGGUGAGAGUCAAUGUUCCUUCAUGGUGUGACAGGAUUCUGUGGAAGUCCUACCCAGACACACACAUCAUCUGCACUGCUUACGGAUGCACAGAUGACAUCUUCACAAGUGACCACUCACCUGUUUUUGCCACAUUCCAAGUGGGAGUGACGUCACAGUUCAGCUCCAAAACAGAACAAAAGUCAAGUGUGGAGAAAGCCUGGAUAGAGCUUGAGGGCAUCGAGGCCAUCGUGAAGACUGCAAGCAAGGCAAAGUUCUUCAUUGAAUUUCAUUCCACUUGCCUUGAAGAGACACGACGCUCCAGUGAGAAUGAUUCGCAGAGCUGUGAUGUUCCCGGAUUUCUCAAACUGGGCUGGUCCUUCAAACAACUGCCCAAGCUUUUGCCAAUCAUGUCUGACAUGGAGUAUCUUCAGGAUCAGCAACUACUGUUGUCUGUCAAGUCAUGCGAUGGAUUUGAGUCAUACGGUGAAUGCUGUGUGGCUCUGCGCAUCCUCCCUAGUGCAUCCGAGCAGUUUGAGACAUUUCUAAGUCACCGUGGUGAGGAGAUGGGCUCCAUUAGAGGUCGUGUGAGGAUCCAUGUGCCAAAGGACCGAAGGGGAACAAGGAAGAAAACCUAUGAGUUGUUUCACGUUGAGAAAGAUCCUGUGAAGGGACACUUGUCUCCUGCACCGACACGUGUUCCAGUAAACAGAUUAUCAGCAGCUCCUCCCAAACUCACUCCAAGCAGCUACACCAAUCCAGCCUAUUUCAUCUUUGAGGGUGUGUCAGUGACACGCAGGGUGGAGGAGGCUCUCCCCCAGCGGAAGGACCCUCAGGUGAUCUGGUCUGGAAACGAGGCCUUGCAGCUUCCAAAAGUCUCAGGACGUCAGGCAUUUGAAAGGAGACUUAGAUGCAGAUCAGACUUUACGGAGAUUGAAAUUCCCUCCGUCCUGCCCCAGUGCUCCCCAACAAAUGAGCUUCAUGCACCCCAAACCAACUCCUCAUACCAGCUUUUCCCCACCAAGACACAAUCUCCUAUUCCUCCACGCUCAAGUAACGCUAUACCACAGUACCAAGAACAGACUUCACAUCCAAAAGAAAAAUACCACAGUAAAAAUGCAGUUCAGGACUCCAUCCUGCCAGAGAAGAACCUGAGGAACUUAUACAUGAAUCACCCAGCAAUCAUCAGGGAAAAAGCCAGAAGGGAUCCACAUCAGAUCCUCCCAGAAAGGACCAAUCCUGUUCGAGCAGCUAAGAAGCAGUCUGCCUUCCCCUAUGUCCCUUCUCACUUAGCACACUGUCAGGCCACUGUUCCUUGGAUUGUGGAUCUGCAGCCGCCAGCACCUACAGGAGACAACUCCCUCACUGCUUUGCAAAUCGCCAAGUCCCUCAGUGAAGUCGACUUUUUCCCGACCGAGCUGAGAGGCCCAUCCAUACCCAACCAGAGAGUAUGUUAUAGAAACGGCCCGUCCAUGCAUGGGGACAGAGGCUACAACUGGGAAAAAGAGCAGGUGUCUGUCCUCCAAGGUGCACCAGAGACAGUGCGGGAGCUUCUCAGUGCUCUGGGCCUUCAGAGAUACACCCUGGGGCUCAGCCUAAAUGGCUGGGAUGAUCUGGAUUACUUCAGCGGUGUCACAGAAGAGGAUCUACGGGCUGCAGGAGUUACAAACCCUUCACACAGGCGCAGGAUCCUAGAGAACCUGCCAAGGAACUGGAACUGACACACACACACAAAUGAAAAACUGUUAAUGGUACGAUGCCUCACAGUCUCCUUAAUCACAACUGGAAGAAUUAUUAAAGCCCAGAUCUGGUAGGAUUCAGCUGGACGUAACCACAGCUCUGCCUUCUUUGUAUUUUUCUCAAUCAAUAUCAGUAGUUUGUCUGAGUUCACACUGCAAAGGAACCACAAUACAGGACGCUCCUGCAGUACAGUCACCCAUCCUUCCUGAUUGAUGAUGAAAGAGCUGGAUGAUAAGAAUUAAAGGCGUGUUGCGAACCUCCAUUUACUGACACUUGUAUAAAUAUUGAUUAGUACAUCAAGGUCUCAUCGAUCUUGCUUUAAAUGAUUUUUAAAUGAAUAUAAAAACAAAGUCCUUCAAUUCGCAGUGUUCACUCAAGGCCGAUGUUUACAAUUCAUCUCUAUUCCUGCAACUGUAUGCUCACCCUUACCCUGUUAUCAUUGAGCCUGGAUCUGAGCUUGUAAAAGCCCAGGAUUAAACUUACAGAGCAUGAAAUCCAUGAGUGUACAUAUCUACUGGAGCAUUGUUUGUAAAUUUGGUUCAGAGGGGCCUAUCAUAGCUCGUCUUUUACUGUCAUACUGUUGUUAUCAUGUCACUUAAUCAGCACUUAUGUCAGCUGCGCAUGUUUUAUGCAACCUUUAUGAAGUAAAGUGCAUAAACAACUCUUGACUGUUACCCUGCAGCCACGAGUGUUGUUUCAUGAUGUGGAGCAUGAAAUCGGAGGAAUUGCCCCCUAAAAUCUGCUCCAUUUGAGUGUUCAAAUGACAUGUUCAAACCAUGAUGCAAAUGUUCUAACAUGUCAUCUAGGACUGAGUUGAAGCAUUCUUUUUCUCUUUGGUUUUACACAACUCUUUUGUUUGUUUCAGAUGUUCUUCCUUGAAAGUGCAUCAAAACAUUUUAACAUUUAAGCUUGGAUGACUGACUGGGAAACAUUCCUAUAACACCCUUCAACGUUGUAUAUAAAUAAGAUUACAGCUGUAAUUUUUCUGAUUACAGGUUGCUUGAAACUGUGGCCAGGUCCAUAAACAAACA